CUGUAAUGUCAAUACACAGUCAGUGAGAUGAAGGAACAAACCCGUCAGUGCCAAAGCAAUGGGGACUCUGUAAAUGGUAAUAUAAAGUACGAUGUGCAGAAAAAAUAGAAGUUAAUCCUUACAGCUAAGGAUCAGUAAAUAUCAUUUGAAUAAUCAACUUGUAUCUGUGGUUGGUAUGACCGUUUAUAGUACAGUAGUUUCAUGGGCACCGCGGAACAUAUUUGUUCAGGCACUUUAGCUACCAGCUAACAUUAGCUGCUGUAAGGCUAGCACCUCUUACUUUCCACACACAACCUAGCGCUAGCAUCAAGAGCAGCAUCACGGAGUGUCCAGUGUUAACGUCGGCAACUGAGUAGCAACAGAAAAACUAAAAUUCACACAGGUGCAAGUGACUGGGUGUCCUGUGAUAAAGACGAAUUCGCAAUGUUGAACCCCACCAAUGGUGAUCCAGGACAUGUUGUCGUCAAUUAUGUGGAGGAGUAUUUGGACCUCGUGGAAUCACUACCUUUUGACCUACAGAGGAGUGUGUCUCUCAUGAAGGAAAUUGAUGCCAAGUAUCAAGAUAUUCUGAAGGAGCUUGAUGACGCUUAUGAACGUUAUCGGCGGGAAUCUGACUCACUUCAGAGGCGCAAGCUUCAGUCAUCGAUUCAGAGGGCGCUGAUCCGCAGUCAAGAGCUUGGUGAUGAAAAGAUCCAGAUAGCUGGUCAAAUGGUGGAGUUGGUUGAGAACCGAACACGACAGUUAGACUGGCAUUCUGAACUUCUCCUCUCCUCUCAAGAAGUCCCUGAGAGCCACGUUCCUACAGCAGCAUCCAUGACCACCACUGCAGCAUCCUUGAUGUCCUCAUCAUCAGCCACAAUCACUCCAGGGAAACCUGGCCACCAUGACAAGAAGCGUGAUGAGGUAACCCCAGGCUCAGGUGGUGCAGACAAGGCUGGAGGGAAACGCUCAAGACGUCAGAAAAAUGGAGAAAAUCGGGAAAGUUAUGGGGGUCUGGAUCACACAGAGGAAGUGGGAGUGGGGGCGUCGCGGGAAAAACGUGCCAAAACAUCUUCCAAGAAGAAGAAACGGUCAAAAGGAAAGUCUGAGAGAGAAGUGUCACCUCCAGACCUGCCCAUUGAUCCAGAUGAGCCAACGUACUGCCUGUGUGAGCAGGUGUCCUAUGGCGAAAUGAUAGGCUGUGAUAACGAUGAGUGUCCCAUUGAGUGGUUUCAUUUCUCCUGUGUUGGCCUCCAUCAUAAGCCAAAGGGAAAAUGGUACUGCCCUAAGUGCAGAGGUGAGAAUGAGAAGACCAUGGACAAGGCCUUAGAAAGGGCCAAGAAGGAGAGGGCAUACAACAGGUAGCUCGCGCUGCCUGGCCAAACGAACACUACUGCAGAGAAAUUUAAUUUUCUGUCUUGUCUUUGUUUCCAUUUACUAUUAACAGUGUUCAAAAAGAGUAAUGAGUUGAUGAGAGGGAUCUUGUACAUAGUUAUUUUUGUAACUGCUGCAUAGCCGAGAAACAAGAUCACUCCCUCCCCCAUUGGGAUUAUUUGUAAUUGACACAGUACAGCACAGUACAACCUGCAUGUUUGUAACCAGCUGUCCUCCACUCACAUCCCCCAUGUUUUCAUCAUGCAUGCAACAUCACCCACUCCACUAUAUAUGCUCAAUUAACAAAUAAAAUAUUUCUAAACAAGGAAGAA